UCUUAAAUGAACUGUUCGAAGGAACCGAUUCGCAAAAUGAGUCACUAGCGAGGCUUCCGGUUUCUUGACCGAGGAUGACGUCGCGCCUCAACUAUCCAACCACGGCGCUCAACGAAGACCUCGUUAUUUUGACGACUUGUUUGUUUUCCUCUCGAGGUAACUGCGGACUAAGAGCGACAUUCCGCUCCUUUUCUACCUCAGCAGCUGAAGAGCUACAUCACAGGAACCAUAACACCUCUGUUUUCCUAAGAAUUCCACCUGGGCUGUUUGCGUGAGAACGCUAUGUCAGUGUCAUUCCUGAUGGUUCCUCGCUGCUGUUUUUCCAGUGAUGUCGGAUGGGCUUGUGCUCGGCGGUGGUGGGAACCUCAGCUCUCUCUGCCCGCACGGGAUCGAGUGGAUCUGGUAUGGACUGGGUGAAUGUGCCCAGGAUGGCAGAGACAUCGCCAGUGUUGUUCUCGGACUGCUGUCGAUAGUUUGCUUCAUGGUGUCUUCACUGCCGCAGUACUACAGUUCCUGCAAGACAGGAAAUAUGGACAGCGCACUAUCGAUUUGGUUCCUGUUAUUUUGGCUGGCCGGUGACUCGUGCAAUCUUAUUGGAUCGUUCUUGGCUGAUCAACUUCCACUACAGAAAUACACUGCAGUGUACUACGUCCUGGCAGACCUGUUAAUGCUGUCAAUGUACUUUUACUAUAAGCUAAAGAAUAAGUCAUCGAGAGCCAGUAACAGUGCACUGCUGAAUGCGGUUAGCGUGCUAUGUCUUCUGGGAAUGUCAUCUUCCCUCCUUAGCCUCCCUCGCUCAGCCCUAGAGGAACAGAUGCCUGUGGGGUUCAAGGGUCGGGCGCUGCUGGCCGUGGAGGGGGGCAGCGGUUCGGUGCAGCCCUUUGAUACAAAGGAGAUUAUAGGCUUUGUCAUUGGCUCUAUAUCUUCAGUACUGUAUUUAUGCUCCAGACUGCCACAGAUGUACACUAAUUUUCAGAGGAAGUCAACAGAGGGCGUGUCUUUUUUCCUAUUUGCUCUGGUGAUUCUGGGAAACACAACAUAUGGCAUCAGCGUGCUACUGAAGAACCCAGAUCCAGGGCAGGGAGAGGCCAGCUAUAUCCUACACCACCUCCCCUGGCUCAUCGGCAGCCUGGGAACGCUCUCACUUGACAUUAUUGUAUCCUUUAAAGCCACGUGUUAGCCACUGAGUUGUUAGUGAGGUCACGGAUUCCCAACACAGGCCUCAUAGAACUAAAGAUAUGAAAAUUCUAGACGCAUUAUCAAGAUGAGAAUUUGGAGGACAAAACAUGCUCAUGAAAUCUUCAUGAAAAUAAUGCCAUGGCAAAAACCGUAAUGGACCUAAA